CUCAGGGUGGCCGCGGCCACCUGCCGCUGGGCUUCGCCCACCCCCGGGCCCGGGGCCCCCGCCGCGCCCGGCGCCGACGGCCUAGCGCUCGCCCUGGAACCCGCCGGGGGCACAGCCAACUUCUUGGCCAUGGUGGACAACCUGCAGGGGGACUCUGGCCGCGGCUACUACCUGGAGAUGCUGAUCGGGACCCCACCUCAGAAGCUGCAGAUUCUCGUUGACACUGGAAGCAGUAACUUCGCCGUGGCAGGAGCCCCGCAUUCCUACAUAGAUUCAUACUUUGACGCGGAGCGGUCCAGCACAUACCGGCCCAAGGGAUUUGAUGUCACCGUCAAGUACACGCAAGGGAGCUGGACGGGCGUCGUUGGGGAGGACGUCGUCACCAUCCCCAAAGGCUUCAACAGUUCUUUUCUUGUCAACGUUGCCACUAUUUUUGAGUCAGAGAAUUUCUUUUUGCCUGGGAUUAAAUGGAAUGGAAUCCUUGGGCUUGCUUAUGCCAUCCUGGCCAAGCCAUCAAGUUCUCUGGAGACAUUCUUUGAUUCCCUCGUGACCCAAGCAAGCAUCCCCGACGUUUUCUCCAUGCAGAUGUGUGGGGCGGGAUUGCCCGUAGCUGGAUCUGGUACCAACGGAGGUAGUCUUGUCCUGGGUGGAAUUGAACCAAGUUUGUAUAAAGGAGACAUCUGGUAUACCCCUAUUAAGGAGGAGUGGUAUUAUCAGAUAGAAAUUCUGAAAUUGGAAAUCGGAGGCCAAAGCCUUAACCUGGACUGCAGAGAGUAUAACGCAGACAAGGCCAUCGUGGAUAGUGGCACCACGCUGCUGCGCCUGCCCCAGAAGGUGUUUGAUGCGGUGGUUGACGCUGUGGCCCGCACAUCUCUGAUUCCAGAAUUCUCCGAUGGUUUUUGGACUGGGUCCCAGCUGGCAUGCUGGACGAAUUCCGAAACACCCUGGUCUUACUUCCCUAAAAUCUCCAUCUACCUGAGAGAUGAGAACUCCAGCAGAUCGUUCCGUAUAACUAUCCUGCCUCAGCUCUACAUUCAGCCCAUGAUGGGAGCAGGCCUGAAUUAUGAGUGUUACCGAUUCGGCAUCUCUCCUUCCACGAAUGCGCUGGUGAUCGGAGCAACGGUGAUGGAGGGCUUCUAUGUCAUCUUUGACAGAGCACGGAAGAGGGUGGGCUUUGCGGCAAGCCCCUGUGCAGAAAUUGCAGGUGCUCCAGUGUCUGAAAUUUCCGGGCCUUUCUCAACAGACGACGUAGCCAGCAACUGUGUCCCUGCCCAGUCUUUGAACGAGCCCAUGUUGUGGAUCGUCUCCUACACUCUUAUGAGCGUGUGUGGGGUCAUCCUCCUUAUCUUAACCAUCCUGCUGCUGCUCCCAAUCCGGUGUGGACAUCUCCCCCGCGAUCCCGAGGUCGUCAACGAUGAGUCCUCUCUCGUCAGGCAUCGCUGGAAAUGAAGAGCAAGGUCUGAACUCUCGCAGCCUCAAACCCAGCUAUUAAGAGAAUCCCAUUUUGAGGGCAGCAAGCAUGGGAUCUAAGGCAAGGCUUCUUCUCGGGUCCUUGAGGCUUAUUUCUGUUCUGCUCCCAGAUGCCUUCCAGAUUUACUGUGCUUUGAUUCUUGAUUUUAAAUCUUCCAAUUCUUCUUCCUUACUUCCAAGAAAAAUGGUAAUAAAGACCACUUCAUUCUAAAUCACAA